UUAUCCUUCCAUCCAUCUUUUCAUCUGUCUGUAAUGUCGGUCUCAAUAAUGCCGGAAUGGAAGCAGCAACUCCUGGAACGAAAGAGAAGAGAAGAGGAGGAGAGAGAGAAGAGAGAGCGAGAGGAAGAAGAGAGACUGGCCAGUAUGCCAGCUUGGAAACGACAGAUCAUUCAGCGUCGCAGGGCGAAACAGGAAGAUGGAGGAGAGAAGGAGAGAGAAAAAGUGAGAGAAGUAGAACGAGAGUUUGAACCCGACACCGUGUCUAUUGACCCCAUUGGGAAAAAUUAUUUUAUUUCUUCACAGAAUGGUUUCACAAAAGAACAGCAGAUGAAAGAAAUGGAGAAAGGGAACAAUGAAGGAAAGAGACAAAGAGAGAGCAACUAUGAGAGGAUGAGUGGAGAAGAAAAAGAGAAGUACAACGAGAGAGAAGACAACAGAGGGAAAUGGAGGGAUAGAGAGAUAAAUAGAGGGAAACAUAUGGAAAGAACAAGAGAGAGAGAUAUAAUUGAGGGCAUGAAGGAAAGAGAGGGUGAUGCUGAUAGAGGAAGGAAAGUAGGAGACAGAGAUUAUGUCCUCUUCCCUCUUGUCUCUGCUAUUCACACAAUUAAAGCAGAAAACAUAUUCAUCAUUGAGAACAGAAAGAACCAGAUAGAGAUGAUAGAGAGGGAUGGAGAGAGAGAAACUGAGGAGGGAAAGAAGCAAGGGAUAAGGAUGGACCUGAAGGAGUUUCUGGGUGGUGGACAAAAAGUGACUGAGAUCUGUGUAUCAGAGGUGCUGAUCAUCAAACCAUCCAUGAAAGAAGAGAGAAUCAAGGAAGACAGGAAGCAAAUGAAUGAAGAUGAAAAGAAAAUGACACUGGGAGUAAUAGAAAGAGAGGGAGAGGUAACAGAAUGCAGAAGGGUAAGCCAGUUGAUUAGUAAAUUUGGUAAGAAUUGUAAAACUCCCUGCAGAUCCAAAAGCAGUGACUGCUUCAUCCCUGUGGAACUGGGGGGAGAGAUGAGAAAGGAUGAGAAAAAAGGGGGGGAUAGAAAAGAUGGGUGUGGAACAAGAGGAAUCAUAAAUGCAUUUAGAGGAGUACCAAAACGUUCAUUUAGUUUCUCAGAGCAAGUUUGUAAGGAGAGAAGAGUGUUGGAGAGAAGUUAUUCUGAUCGGAGAAAAAGAGAGAUUGAGGGAGGGGUGUAUAAAGAGGAAAAGAGAGAAGAAGAGAGGAACGAAAUUGGGAACGAGGCAGUGAAUAAGACAGACAGGAACUCUGAGAUCUCCACUUUUAAAGGAGAAUUGAAGAGAUUCAGGGAACAGAACAAACAAAAAAGAAUAAUAAAGAAAGACAAGUUGAGUAGAGAAACAGAAAAUGAGAUAGAGGAGAUACAGAGAGAGAGAAAUGAUAGAAAACAGCAAACAGAAUUUCAAAAUGAAUCCACGAAGACUGUGAAACAUGGACAGGCGGUAGCACCAGUUCCUCAGUCCAUGAUAACGUUCUCAGGUGGAGAGAUAGAAUCACAGAGCAACAGAGAGAAGCAAGGGAUGAGUAUGACCUUGAAUGAGGCACUACAUCACAGAGGAGAGGUACUCAUCCCUAGAUCUGUCUUUUAUGGGAUCAGUGAGCAGAACUCAAGAAAAGAUAGAGAUGAAAUAAGACGAGUGGAGAGGAGGUUGAGCUGGAAGGCUGGAAGACCCUUGACCAGAGUGGAGUCCCUAAGAGAGAGAAUAUGGCAGAAAGAGAGAGGAGGAACCGAGGGAGAAGAUGAUCGAGUAAGAGAGGCUGAGAUGGAGAGCAGACAGGAAGUGGCCUCACCACAGUCUCUCAGCCAGUUUGACGUCACAAGGGAAGUAAGUAAAGAGGAACUUCCUGUAUGUGUUCCUCCUUCUCUCUCAGUUAAGCGAGAGUCCUCUGUUCUCACAGAGCAACAUGACGGAGUGAUACAAGCACCAGAAAGAGAAAAAGAACGAGAGGAGGAUCUGUUGGGGGAAGACUACAUCCCUCCGUCUCAAUCUUCAUCCUCUUCCAGUUCUCCACCUCCUCCUUUCGGCCACACCCAACCUGCCAUGAGUCGGAUCUAUAACCUGAAGCCUGUAACCUCCAGGGCCAAUGUGUGCAUCACCGAGAGGAACUUGGACAUCCAAGCACACAGUGGAGGAGUGAUAAAGAUCCGACCUGGGGGACAAUUCACGCCUGGUCCUCCAAAAAAACAGACAGAAAUAUCUUCACUGCGAUCGGUGCAGCGUAAAGUGGAGCAGCUUCCUCUGAAAGAACAGGAAGUCCGGAGACAAAACGAUGGAGAGGCAUCGCAGAGACAGAAUGCAUGUGAGACAUGCCAGGACCAAAACCUUGAUAUGCAAAAAAGCCAAACACACACCAUCUCAAAACCUUCCUCAGAACCGAGGGCACAGAUUCAACUUCCAGAAGUCAGCACUUCCACCACAAACAGCAUAAACGCUCAGAUAGAGCCAAUUGUCAAAACUUCAUCUACUCCGCUCUUCACCAUCCGGAGCGCCUCUGGAGGCCCAGGAAAGAGAGGCACCACCAUUACCAUCACUCCCAGGAAAUCAGGCCCCUCAGGGACACCUGUGUCUUCUGUCACAACUCCUAAAAUGCCUUCACCUUCUGUCACAACUCCUAAAGAGCCUUCAUCUUCUGUCACAACUGCUAAAGCACCAAGUAACAAGCCAGAGCUGCACAAGAAACGAUAUCCAACUGCAGAGGAGAUUGAAGUGAUUGGUGGUUAUCAAAACCUGGAGAGAUCCUGCUUGGUGAAGAACCGAGGAUCUCCAAAAAUGGUGAGAGUGUGUUUUGAUGACUCUCAGUUGGAGUGUGUGUGUAUGUACCUGUCGGAGACGUCUUUGCUCGAAGAGGAGGGAAGCAGUGAUGAUUUCAGGAGAAUGGAGGAGAAAAAAGAAGAAAAUGAUGAAGAGGAGGAGGAUGACGAUGGAGUAAUUGGAGCAGGAAGAGGAAUGAAGAGAGUACUUCGAGUGGAUGAGUCGUGUCGCCGUUAAUUUGUUAUCUGAACCUGAAAUUUUUUUUUUUACUGUUUAAUGGCUGACUGAAUCUGAUGAUGAGGAUAUUUCUGUGUGAAUAUAAUACUGUCUGCACAAUUCAUUUUUUGAGACAGUUAGUUUUACUAUGUACUGUACGAAUGCGUGCGUGUGUGUUUGUGUGUGUGUGUGUAGAGACAGGGGUACUUUAGUACUUUAAGAUGUUUGCAUAUUUUGUGGCAUUUUUGUACAAUAACAGUAUGUGAUAUAAUAUGUAAUUAUAAAGAGACCUGUGCAUAAUCAUUUAAUACCAUUAAUAAAUUAAUUGAAACAAAAUACAGCUCAUUCAUGGGCUUUGGCGUUUGAUUUUUUAUUUUUUUUUAAUUACUGAUAGUUGUUUGGAUCUGGGUAAACUUUAAUAUUGCAGUAUUUCUGAUAUGUAAGUUUUGAUAAGUCUGUUUUAUUUUAUGGUUCCAGAAGCUGGCUUCAAAUAAAAAAAAGUAAAUAAAAAGUAAUAUUUUCCA